CUGAAUAUGUUCACAACUUCCUCAAUUUUGCAAUGAACAUGUCCACAACUUCCUGCAUCACCAACUUGAUAAAAUAAUCAAAUUAUGUUACAUCAUCUCUCAUUCUAAGGCUGUGAACAAAUUAUAAUGAUAUUCUUAUCCUUUGACUCUUGGAGCUUGUUUUUCCAUGACACUAUUCACAGUUAGGAUAUAGAGAGGAAAAACUAAUAAAAAAACAAGACAAUUGAAAGAAAGCAAAAAAGAGAGAAACACCAUACAGAUGAUCCCAACAGCAUAAUUGCAAGGUAGCAGCACGCAGCAAAUGCAAUUGAAAUGGCUGAAACUGCAGUAUCAUUAGCCUUGGAGGAAGUGUUCCAACUUCUUAAGGAAGAAACAAAUCUUCUGAGAGGUUUACACAAAAACUUUUCAGACAUCAAAGAUGAACUAGUAAGCAUUAAAAUCUUCCUCAAAGAUGCUGAUAGAAGGGCUGCGGAUGAGGCAGACACCAACGAAGCAAUCAGAACAUGGGUGAAGCAGCUAAGAGAAGAAUCAUUUCGUAUUGAAGAUGUCGUUGAUGAAUACCUUUGGCUAAUGCACAGAGUCAAUCCACCUGAACGUCGAGCUUUAGUCUGCAAAAUUACAAGCUUAUUCAAAACUUUGAUUCCUCGCCAUCGGAUAGCAUCUGAGAUACAGGACAUUAAGAUCUCAAUUCGUAGGAUCAAGGAAAGAAGUGAGAGGUAUAACUUUCAAGUUUCACAUGAACCAGGAUCAUCAAGCAGCAGCAGCACUAGAGAAACAGAAAAUGGAUGGCGUGAUCCUCGACUGUCUUCUCUUUUCAUUGAAGAAACAGAAAUUGUAGGAUUUGAAGGCCCGAGAAACGAAUUGAUUGGUUGGUUAUUGGAUGGUUCAGCUGAUCGCGCAGUAAUUUCUGUAGUAGGAAUGGGGGGGCUCGGAAAAACCACUCUUGCCAAAUUAGUUUUUGACAGCCAACAGGUAACAACAAAAUUUGAUUGUCAUGCUUGCAUCACAGUUUCUCAAUCAUACACUGUGAGAGAGGUACUGAUAAAAACAAUGGAGCAAUUUUGUAAGGAAACCGAAGACCCUCUUCCAAAGAGGUUAAGCAAAAUGGAUGACCAGUCACUGGUUAUAGAGGUAAGGAAAUACCUACAACAUAAGAGGUAUUUGAUAUUCUUUGAUGAUGUAUGGCAAGAAGAUUUUUCUGACCAGGUUGAAUUGGCCAUGCCGAAUAACAAUAAAGGUAGUAGGAUCAUAAUCACCACUAGAAUUAUGCAAGUUGCAGAUUUUUUCAAGAAAUCCUUUCUAGUUCAUGUUCACAACUUGCAACUUUUGCCUCUAAAUAAAGCAUGGGAACUCUUCUGCAACAAAGUAUUUAGAUUUGAACUUGGUGGGAAUUGUCCACCAGAGCUUGAGGCUGUAUCAAGAGAAAUUGUUCAAAAAUGCAAGCAACUACCUCUGGCUAUUGUAGCCAUUGGGGGUCUACUUUCAACAAAAUCUAAAACCUUGAUUGAAUGGCAAAUGGUGAGUCAAAAUCUGAGCCUGGAGUUGGGACGUAAUUCCCAUUUAACAAGUCUAGCAAAGAUUUUGUCCCUUAGUUAUGAUGGCCUGCCUUACUACUUGAAACCAUGCAUUUUGUAUUUUGGUUUAUAUCCAGAGGACUAUGCUAUUAAUCAUAACAGAUUAAUUCGACAAUGGAUAGCUGAAGGGUUUAUUAAAUCAGAAGAGAGAAGAACUCCAGAGCAAGUUGCAGAGGAGUACUUGUCUGAAUUGAUUCAUAGAAGUCUGGUUCAGGUCUCAAAAGUUGGUUUUGAAGGAAGAGUUCAAACAUGUCAAGUCCAUGAUAUACUGCGGGAAGUGAUCAUAAGAAAAAUGAAGGAUUUAAGUUUCUGUCAUUGUGUGAAUGAUGUUAGUGAUUCAAUUACAGUUGGAAAAACUAGACGCCUAUCUGUAAUCACUAGUCCCAACAAUUUGUUGAAAAGCACACACAAUUCACAUUUUCGUGCUAUUCAUGUUUUUGAAAAAGGUGGAUCAUUGGAGGAUUUCAUACCUAAAUUAUGUUCAAGGUCUAGGAUUUUGAAGGUACUUGACAUUCAAGGUACGUCGUUGAAUCAUAUCCCUAAAAAUUUAGGGAAUCAUUUUCACCUGAGGUACAUAAACCUAAGGAAUACAAAAGUGCAUGCUCUUCCUAAAUCUGUCGGUGAGCUACAUAACUUAGAGACAUUGGAUUUAAGAGAAACACUUGUGCAUGAGAUACCAAGUGAAAUAAACAAGCUGACAAAGUUGCGGCAUCUUCUUGCUUUCCAUCGUAACUAUGAAGAAAAAUAUUCUGUUUUGGGCUUUACAACUGGUGUGCUGAUGGAAAAAGGUAUUAAAAACUUGACUUCCCUGCAAAAUAUUUGUUAUGUGGAGUUAGAUCAUGGGGGAGUAGAACUUAUUGAAGAGAUGAAAAUGUUAAAGCAGUUAAGAAAGUUAGGCUUAAGGCAUGUAAAAAGAGAGCAUGGGAAUGCCUUAAGUGCUGCAAUAAUAGAGAUGCAACACCUUGAAUCACUUAAUAUCACUGCAAUAGCAGAAGAUGAAAUUAUUGACUUGAACUUUGUGUCAUCCCCACCCAAACUUCGGCGGCUUCAUUUGAAAGCUAGACUAGAGAAGUUUCCUGAUUGGAUACCAAAACUUGAGUGUCUUGUUAAAAUAAGGCUAGGAUUAUCCAAGCUGAAAGAUGAUCCAAUGCAGUCACUGAAAAACUUGCCAAAUCUGUUGAAGCUCUCUUUGUGGGAGAAUGCCUAUGAUGGUGAAAUUUUGCAUUUUGAAAAUGGAGGAUUUCAAAAAUUGAAAGAACUGAUUCUCAGUCACUUGAGUGGAGUAAAUUCUAUCCUUAUAGAGAAAGGAGCUUUGCUCUCUCUUGAACAUCUUAAAAUGGAAAAGAUCCCCCAACUGAAGGAGGUACCCUCAGGCAUCAAACAGUUGGAUAAACUCAAAGUCAUUGACCUAGUUGAUAUGCCAGAUGAAUUUGUUAAGAGCAUUGAUCCAGACGAAGGACACAACCACUGGAUUAUCAAGCAUGUUCCUAUUGUAUACAUUCGUCAAUGGUUUGGGCCAAAAUUCUAUGAUUAUGAGAUUCGCACUAUUAAUUCAUCCUUCAAAGAAAAUUCGGGUUCUCCAUGGUAUAGCUCAAAGAUGCCGAAUUUGUUCUUCAUUCCACCUAUGAAAAACAAAGUGAAAAAACACAAUACUUGCCAGAAUGAUCCCAACAGCAUAACAGAAAGGAAGCAGCUAGCAGAAAAUGUGAGUGAAAUGGCAGAAAGUGCAGUAUUAUCGGCCGUGGGGGAAGUGUUCCAACUUCUUAAGAAAGAAACAAAUCUUCUGCAAGGUGUACACAAAGAUUUUUCAGACAUCAAAGAUGAACUAGAAAGCAUUCAAGUCUUCCUCAAAGAUGCAGAUAGAAGGGCAGCAGAUGAAGCAGACACCAAUGACGGAAUAAGAAGUUGGGUUAAGCAUUUGAGAGAAGCAUCAUUUCGCAUUGAAGAUGUCAUUGAUGAAUACCUUCGGCAGAUCCAUAGGACCAAUCCUCCUGGAUGCAGAUCUUUAUUCUGCAAGAUUGCAAGCCUAAACAAAACUUUGAUUCCCCGUCAUAAAAUUGCAUCAGAGAUUCAGGACAUUAAGUUGUCAAUUCGUGAAAUCAAGGAAAGAAGCGAUAGGUAUAAUUUUCAAACUUCACAUGAAAAAGGUUCCUCAAGCAGCAGAAACAGCACUGGCGAAACAGAAAAUGGAAGGUGGCGUGAUCCUCGCCUGUCUUCCCUUUUCAUUGAAGAAACAGAAAUUGUAGGAUUCGAAGGUCCGAGAGAGGAAUUGAUUGGUUGGUUACUGGAGGGUUCAGCUGACCGCACCGUGAUUUCAGUGGUAGGAAUGGGAGGUAUAGGAAAAACUACCCUCGCCAAGCUAGCUUUUGACAGCCAAAAGGUAACAGCACAGUUUGAUUGUCGCGCUUGCAUCGCAGUUUCUCAGUCAUACACUGUGAGAGGGUUACUGAUAAACAUGAUGGAGCAAUUUUGUCGGGAAACUCAAGACCCUCUUCCACAAAUGUUACACAAAAUGGAUGACAAGUCACUGAUUAUUGAAGUGAGGCAAUACCUGCAAAAUAAAAGGUAUUUGAUAUUCUUUGAUGAUGUAUGGCAAGAAGAUUUUUCUGACCAGGUUGAAUUUUCCAUGCCUAAUAACAAUAAAGGUAGCAGGAUCAUCAUCACUACUAGAAUGAUGCAUGUGGCAGAUUUUUUCAAGAAAUCCUUUCUAGUUCAUGUUCACAACCUGCAACUUUUGCCUCCAAACAAAGCAUGGGAACUCUUCUGCACAAAGGUAUUUAGAUUUGAAAUUGGUGAGAAAUGUCCGCCGGAGCUUGAAGUUGUAUCAAAAGAAAUUGUUAAAAAAUGCAAGCAGCUACCGCUUGCAAUUGUAGCAAUUGGUGGUCUACUUUCAACAAAGUCUAAAACAAUGAUUGAAUGGAAAAAGGUUAGUCAAAACCUGAGCCUGGAGUUGGGACGUAAUGCCCAUUUAACGAGUCUAACAAAGAUUUUGUCACUUAGUUAUGAUGGCCUUCCUUACUACUUGAAACCAUGCAUUUUUUAUUUUGGUAUAUAUCCAGAGGACUAUUCUAUUAAUCAUAAGAGAUUAACUCGACAAUGGAUAGCCGAAGGGUUUGUUAAAUCUGAUGAGAGACAAACUCCAGAGCAAGUUGCAGACGAGUACUUGUCUGAAUUGAUUCACAGAAGUUUGGUUCAGGUCUCAACCGUUGGCUUUGAAGGGAAAGUUAAAACAUGUCGAGUCCAUGAUUUAUUUCGGGAAGUGAUCAUUAGGAAAAUGAAGGAAUUAAGUUUCUGUCAUUGUGUGCAAGAAGAUAGUGAAUCCAUCACAGUUGGAAACACUAGACGCUUAUCUAUUGCCACUAAUCCCAACAAUGUGUUGAAGAGCGCUAAGAAUUCACAUUUUCGUGCUAUUCAUGUUUUUGAAAAUGAUGGAUCAUUGGAGCAUUUGAUGGGUAAACUGUGUUCACAAUCUAGGAUUUUGAAGGUACUUGACAUUCAUGGUACAUUAUUGAGUCAUAUUCCUAAAAAUUUGGGGAGUCUUUUCCACUUAAGGUACAUAAACUUAAGUUAUACAAAUGUACAGGCCCUUCCUAAAUCAGUUGGUGAGCUACAAAACUUAGAGACAUUAGAUUUAAGAGAAACACUUGUGCAUGAACUACCAUGCGAAAUAAACAAACUGGCAAAGCUACGACACCUUCUUGCUCUCCAUCGUAACUAUGAAGCAAACUAUUCUCUUUUAGGCUUUACAACUGGUGUACGGAUGGAAAAAGGUAUUAAAAACAUGACUUCCCUACAAAAUCUUUAUUAUGUGGAUGUAGAUCAUGGGGGGGUAGAUCUCAUUCAAGAGAUGAAAAUGUUAAGGCAGUUAAGGCGGUUAGGUUUAAGGCAUGUAAGAAGAGAACAUGGAAAUGCCUUAUGUGCUGUAAUAGUAGAAAUGAAACACCUUGAAAAUCUUAACAUCACUACAAUAACUGCGGAUGAAACAAUAAACUUGAACUUUGUCUCAUCUCCACCCCAACUUCAUCGGCUUCAUUUGAAAGCUAAACUAGAUGCAUUGCCUAAUUGGAUUCCAAAACUUGAGUAUCUUGUUGAGAUAAAGUUGGCUUUAUCUAUGUUGAAAGAGGAUCCGCUAAUGUCACUGAAAAACUUGCCAAAUCUGCUGAAGCUCAGUAUGUGGGACAAUGCCUACGAUGGUGAAAUUUUGCAUUUUCAAAAUGGAGGGUUUCUAAAGUUGAAGAAACUGAAUCUCAGUCGCUUGAAUAGAGUAAAUUCUAUCAUUAUAGACAAGGGAGCUUUGCUCUCUCUUGAAAAUAUUUUAAUGGACAAAAUCCCCCAGGUGAAGGAAGUACCCUCUGGCAUCAAGCACUUGGACAACCUCAAAGAUAUCAUCUUCACUGAUAUGCCAGCAGAAUUUUCUGAGAGCAUUGAUCCUGACAAAGGAAAACACUAUUGGAUUAUCAAGCAUGUACCUUUUGUAUUCAUUCGCCACUGGAUUGGUCCAAACUUACUUGAUUUUGAUAAUCACACUAUUCACUCAUCUUCUGAGGAGUCAGAAACAAACUGAGAGUGGUCUGGUGUGUAGGAAACUUCAAAACACAAAGGUACCUUUCAUCUGAUCAUGCAAUGCUUCUCUUAUUAAUUUAUCUUUACAAUUCCUGGCUUUUCACUAUUCGUUCUGUUGUAUAUCUUUUUAUAUACCUACUCCUUUCUAUCUCCAUCUUUUUCCAUGUUACAUCAAGCAUCAAACUGGAUCCUCUACAUCCGUCUACCCUGUCCGGCCAAAUCUUGGUAGUUGAAUCAAACUGCAACCCAAAUCCAACAACGAAAAUUUGGUUGGACAGACCGGAGAACUGCAUCUAUCUAGCCAGUCUGUCCAAAUCUCAGGUGGUAAUGACGAAGAUUUUCAACCAAAAAAACCACUUUUGUAAUUGUCUAUUUUAUUUCAAGUGUAUCCAAAUAACUCAUGAAACUUUUCAAGAAUAAAAUUGGUUCUACUUUUUAAUUUAUUUUUCCUUUGAUGUGCUACCCUAUAAAGCAUUCUCGCAUUAACUU